AUGCCAGAGGAGAUCAUGGACAGGUUAUUUGAAUUUCUGGAAAGCAUAUUUUCCUGGAAAAGGGAUGAUGAAAGUGUCCACAAUUGCAUAAUUUCAGAUUCAGAAUAUGCAGAGGAAUUACAGAUUCAGGAGGCCUUGCAGGCUUCUAUGGCUGAUUUUGAAGAAUCCCUUCAAAGAGAAGCGGGCGAAUCAUCGAGAAAUUACUGUGAGAUUUGUAUGGAAGUUAAGGAAAGAAAUGAAAUGUUCAAGAUGGAAAGCUGUAGCCAUAGUUUUUGUUCUGAUUGUUUAGCUAAACAUGUCCAGGCUAAAAUUGGAGACAGAUUUCAUAUCAUAACUUGUCCUGCUUUGUACUGCGAUUCCAUCCUUGAUCAUUCAGCUUGCAGGUCUGUAAUCCCGGGAAAUGUUUCGGCUAGAUGGGACGAGGCGAUCAGCGUGGCAACCAUUCUCGAGAAUCAGAGAUUUUAUUGCCCUUUCAAGGACUGUUCAGCUAUGCUGGUGAAUGAUGGUGAUGAAGAUGAGGUGAUUUUGGAAUCUGAAUGUCCGGUUUGUCGACGAUUGUUCUGUGUGAAUUGUCGGGUCCCCUGGCAUCGGGGAAUGGAAUGCAGAGAAGUCCAGAAGUUGAAAAUGGAGGAAAGAGGGAAUGAUGAUCUUAUGUUGCACGCCCUUGCAAAGAAGGAGAAGUGGACUAAGUGCCCAAAUUGCAAAUUUCUUGUUGACAAGAUUGAGGGAUGCAUACACAUGACUUGCAGGUGUGGAUUUGAGUUUUGCUACAAAUGUGGACGGAAGUGGACAGAGGAUCACUGGAGCUGCCAGAAAACAUAA